AUGGGGUUUGCCUUAAGUUGUUUGGCCCUGCCCGCUGCGUCUUGGGUCGUGUCAAUUGUGGGGUCAUGUUUCUCCGCCGCUGUUUGUUCUCUAGGGUGUAAAUCUUGUAAUUGUAACAACUCAAUUGCGACCAGAAUUGGAUUUGCGAUUAUAUUCUUGUUGAAUUCAAUGCUUGCAUGGAUAAUGCUAUCAGAUUGGGCUAUAAAAAAGCUAGAAUCAAUAACUUAUGAUUAUUUAAAGCUAAAUUGCCCUGAAGGAACAUGUUACGGUGUUCUUGCAGUACAUCGGAUUUGUUUUGCACUUAGUCUUUUCCAUUUUCUAUUGGGAGUUUUAGUGACAGGAGUUUAUGAUACACACGAUAAACGCGCUUCCAUCCAAAAUGGGUGGUGGGGUCCAAAAAUUUUGUUAUGGAUCAGUUUGCUUAUAACAUCUUUUUUCAUUCCAAAUCAAUUUUUCAUGUUCUGGGGUAAUUAUGUAGCGUUAAUUGGCGGUUCGAUUUUCAUUUUGUUUGGUUUAGUGCUGUUAGUUGACUUUGCUCACUCGUGGGCGGAAAUGUGUAUCGAAAAAUGGGAGGAUGAAGAUAACGAUAAGUGGAAAUACAUUCUUAUUGGAUCAACACUUGGAAUGUUUUUGGGAGCUAUCGUGUUGACUGGAUUGAUGUAUGCUUUUUUCGCCGGAAGUGGAUGCAGUCUCAAUCAAUUUUUUAUCACGUUCAAUUCUAUUCUUUGCCUGAUUGUCACUAUCAUGUGUGUUCAUCCGAAGGUCCAAGAAGAAAAUUCGCAUUCUGGUUUAUCACAAGCAUCGAUGGUAGUAAUCUAUGCUACCUACGUAAUAUUGAGUGCGGUGGCUAACGAGCCCGAUGAUCAAAUGUGCAAUCCGUUGACACGCAGUCGUGGAACACGUACGACGACAAUAGUGUUAGGCGCGUUAUUUACGUUCCUUGCACUUGCAUUUUCUACGUCGAGAGCUGCAACUCAAGGCAAGGCAUUAAUCACUAAAUCGGAUUAUCAUCCUUUGAAUACUAUAUCUGCGGUCCCAUUAACUAACCAGCCAAACGAUUCCUCACCCAACGUGCGCUCGGACGCAUUGUUGGCGGCUGUUGAAAGUGGUGCAGUGCCGGCUUCCGCGUUGGACGACGACGACGACGCUGAUGGUAAUGACGAUGAGAAAAACGGGGUUGCCUAUAAUUACUCGUUUUUCCAUAUAAUUUUUGCUUUGGCCGCCAUGUAUGUGGCAAUGCUUUUGACCAAUUGGAAUACAAUUAUAUCAAAAGACGAUGAAUUAGUGAGAAUCGGGCAAAGUUAUACCGCUGUUUGGGUUAAGGUUGUUUCAAGCUGGCUAUGUUUAACGAUUUAUGCAUGGACACUUUUAGGCCCUGUGUUCAUGCCUGAUCGUUUUGCGGAUAUGUAUUAG